AUGCCAGCAGCACCAAGAAAGAAGGCCAGCGCCGCUGCAAAGCGAGCCACCGAGUCUCAAGCGUCCUCGGGAAGUGAGGGUACCCCAAAACCAGAGGGAGCUACUAAGUCUCACAAGCGGUCACGCUCUGGCUGCUUCACAUGUCGUCUUCGGCGGAAGAAGUGCGAUGAGAAACACCCCUCCUGCGGAGCCUGCAGCAACCUCUGCGUAAAAUGCGAAUAUAAACGCCCGAUCUGGUGGGGUAAUGCGGAGCAAAGAAAGAUGCACAAGGAAAGGAUCAAGAACAAGAUCAAGCAAACAAAGAUGAACGAGCGCAAUGGCUCAUUAGCCAUAGAUCCUGCUGCUCACGCACGGAGUUUGGCAGCCAACUCACCAACGUCCCCGGAAUUCGAAUAUGGUCGCCCAUUCCCGGAGCCAUCCUACGACAUGUUCGCCUCCCAGUUUCCAACACCCGCCAUGAGCCAAACCAUCUACGCACAGCAGUAUCCUUAUGAGGUAGACGUCAAGACGGAACGCCAGACAUUUGUCAAUGAUGUUCAACUGCGCCAUGAUUCAAUAUCUUCGACCUUCAGUAGCUUCGCGCCGCCUCAACUGAAUGCGCCUCUUCCUACUUUCCCGGGCGAUGAAUGGUUCCAUGACGAGUACUUCCGGGCUCCAGCUCUCCCAGGAAUUGACCCUGCACUCUGCGAUCAAACGGCAUUCCCAGAAACAUAUGAUAUGCUGCAGAACAUACCCGUCAGCGACCACGACCGACCGCUUCUCGAGCACUUUAUCCACAACGUCUUGAGAGUGAGCUUUCCGGUUCUCGAGGCCCAUCAACGAGGGCACCUGCGCGCACAGGCCGUCCUUCAAACUCUUGAGACCAACAAGUGCUACCUUCACUGCUGCCUCAGUGUCGCCGCAAUCCACUUGAAGACAACCGAAGGAAUCACGGGGGAACAGAUCGACCAUGAUAUCAUGCGCAAUCGAUUUGAGGCCAUUUCUCAAUUAUGUCAAGCUUUAGGAGAUGACACAGAACAUCAGGAAAUUCUCGAUGCUACCCUCGCCAUGAUCUUCUUCCACUCCUCAGUGGGACCCGCCGACGACUAUCUUCCGGACAUCCCAUGGUUAGACCAUUUUCAGGCAGCUGCAAACCUAGUGCAACGACUCGGUCUCACUGCAGAUGCGCCGAACCCGUACGUUUUGCCACCAUUCAGCAUGACCUUGACGGCUUGGAUUGAUAUUCUCGGCUCCACGAUGUAUCGAAGGACGCCGGAAUUCGCCCACACUUACCGAUCAAAACACCUGGGUGGCGUGUCUCUGGGCCUGCGGGAGCUCAUGGGGUGCGAGGACCGCGUUAUGUACCUCAUCUCAGAAAUUGCUUGCCUGGAUGCUCUGAAGGCUGAUGGGAGGGUUGAUGAGAUGCAAGUUUGCUCUCACGUUUCGGCUCUUGGGCAACAGCUAGAAUUUACUGAACCCGCCGACCCAAUCAUGGAGAGCCCAUUCUCGGCAACAACAGGAUUACUCCGCCCCGAGAUUCUAACCAAGAAUAUGACUGCCGUCUUCCGCAUUGCUGCCCGAAUUUACCUUUGCAGCCUUGUCCCCGGAUUCGAAGCGAACCAGCCCAGCAACAUCAACUUGGUUCAGGCCCUCGCGAACACUCUCCAAUACAUCCCUUCGGGCCAAGACGGAUUCGAUCGCUCGCUCGUAUGGCCACUGUUUAUUGCAGGUGUAUACUCCACGCCAGGCUGCCAAUUCCGCACCGUCCUGAUGGAACGAGCUGCAGCACUCGCAGAACACGCUGACCUCGGGAGCUUCGGUCGUAUGUACCGAGUUUUGCAGGAAGUAUGGCGCGUUACCGACGAAUUCGCCGGACAAUGCAGCAGCCUAGAAGACAAUUCCUCAUCAUCCUCACAAACCGCCAGCCCUGUCAAGGACGAGCCCCCCAGUUCCCCCAAGGAGAGCGAGAUCAGCUGGACGACGAAAGAAGCCAAAAAGCCCCACUGGCGGGACAUCAUGCAGCAAAAUGGCUGGAACUACCUUCUUCUUUGA